ACCAUAGAGAGCUGGCGGACUCCCUCCCCAGCGCGCCUCCCCUCCCAUCCAUCCCUUUCCCGGAAGUCCGCCUCUUCCCUCCGCCCGUCGCUAUGUCUCCGGCGGCGGUUCCCGGGAAGGGGUCGGAGGCGGCCGGGGCGGCCGGGGGGCUCGGGGGGGAUCCCGGGCAGGUCCCGGCGGGUCCGGCCGCUGCCGGGGGGUCCCCGACUUUGUGCCGGGAGCUGUGGGGGUCGCACGAAGCCGCUCGGUACCGGGGGGAGGAGCGGGGGCGGCUCCGCAGGGUGGUGCAGCGGGUGCUGCUCCCCCAGGGCUUCCCCGAGAGCGUCAGCAGCGACUACCUGGGCUACCAGCUCUGGGACGCGCUGCAGGCCCUGUGCAGCUCGCUGGCCGGCGCGGUGGCCGCGCGCUCCGUCCUGCAGGCCGUGGGGGUCGGGGACACCAACGCCAGCGUCACCGGGGCCGCGCUGGGCUGGCUGCUGCGCGAUGGGGUGGGGAUGGUGACGCGGAUCAGCUUCACGUGGUGGCAGGGGAGCCGCCUGGACUGUGAAGCCAAACAAUGGCGGUUGGCGGCUGACGUCAUGAAUGACGUGGCACUCGUGCUGGAGAUGCUGGCUCCCCAUUGGCCGCCCGCAGGUCCCGCCUUCCUGACCCUGGCAACGGCUGCCAAGUGCGUGGUGGGCGUGGCGGGCGGGGCCACCCGCGCGUCCCUGGUCGUUCACCAGGCCCAGCGGGACAACGUGGCCGAUGUGGCCGCCAAGGACGGCAGCCAGGAGACGCUGGUGAACGGGGUGGGGCUGAUCCUGGCGCUGCUGCUGCUCCCGCUGCUGGACGGGCGGCCAUGGGUGACGCCGUGGGCCGUGUCGCUGCUGCUGGCCACUCACCUGCUGGCCAACGUGCGCGCCGUGCGCUCGCUGCGCCUGCGCUCCCUCAACCGGCCGCGCCUGCGCCUGGCGCUGCGGCGCGCCUGCAGGGGCGGGGCCAGCGCCGGAAGGGGCGGGGCUAACGGCGCCGGGGUCUCGGCCAAAGGGGGCGGAGCGCUGUGGGUGCCCACCCCCGCGGAGGUGAACCCGGAGGAGCCGCUGCUGCCGGGCUUCAGCACCCGCCUCACCCUCCACUUGGGAGCCCCCCUGCACCGGCUGGUCCAGAGUGAGGCCGAAUUCAAGAAGGCGCUAGAGUGCGGCACCGAGAAUUACAUCAUUGUGCUCCGCCCCUCUGAAGGCUGGGUGGGGGUGGGGCUACGCGGGGGGGCUCCCCCCGACACCCCCAUUUUGGCGGCCGCCCACGCGCUGCUGCUGGAGGAGCUGCUGGGUCCUCCCGUCCCGCAGGGGGCGCCCCUGGCCCCCGCGCUGCGCCCCCUGCAGGCCCGUCUGCGCCGCUGCCCUCCAGGAUCGGUCCCCUGGGGGGCGCUGGCCGAGAGUUCCCGGCUCUGGGGGCAACUGGGACCCCGGCUGCUGCAAGGUUUGGCGGCCGCCGGUUGGGACACGCGGCGCCACCUCCUGGCGCUCGACCAAUGGCAGCUCGAGUGGGACAAGCCCCGCCCCCUCUAACCCCGCCCCCCUCCCCGCCGUAUUUACCCUAAAACCUGCGCCCCCAGGGCAAAUUUGAGGCAAAUAAAGGCGAUUUUGGGGCGUUUCCAAAAA